AUGUUUUACUUGGCGGACAGGUUCCGCUUUGUGGACCUGGACGUUUUUUUAAACGCUACCAACAACAGUUGACGUAUUAUAGUCGACAACUGCUAUAUUUUUGUUUUGAGACCAGGAAGGAGUAAUCAGCUUUCACAAUGGAGGGAGCUUCACAAAGUAAAUCUGCUUCUCCCCAGAGCUCUGUCGCAGCUCAAGUUCCAUUUCUUCACCUGUGCACCACAUUAGAAAAGAUCCAGAAGACCAAACUCCGCCCAGACAAAUCAAAGUUUCUUCGGGACUUCAUAGACUCCUGGAGGAAGUUCCAUGCCGCCCUUCACAAAGACAGUCCUACUGCCACAGACUCGUUCUACCCCGCCAUGCGUCUCAUAGUCCCCCCAUUUGAAAGGGAGCGUAUGGCCUAUGGCAUUAAAGAGAGCAUGUUAGCCAAGCUGUACAUAGACGUCUUGGGUCUCCCCAAGAAUGGACCGGAGGCUAACAAACUGUUGAAUUACCGUGCCCCAACCACGUCUCAGGGAGAGGCGGGAGACUUUGCUCUCAUGGCUUACUUUGUGUUAAAGAAACGCUGCACAAGCCAAGGAAAUCUCACCAUCAAAGAUGUUAAUGACUUUCUGGACUCUGUGGCAAUCAACAAUGCUAGUAAGCAGAAGGACCUGGUGAAGAAGAGCCUGCUUCAUCUAAUCACCCAGAGCACAGCCCUAGAGCAGAAAUGGCUCAUCCGCAUGAUCCUGAAGGACAUGAAGCUGGGGAUCAGCAAAGAGACAGUGCUUCAGGUGUUCCACCCAGAUGCAGCCGAGCUUUAUAAUGUCACCACCGAUCUAAAUAAAGUGUGCCGACAGCUUCAUGACCCCUUUGUGUCUCUCAGCGAAGUGUCCAUUGGCCUUUUUUCUGCCUUCAAACCCAUGUUGGCUGCUGUGGGAAAUAUGCGCCAGGUCGAGAAGCAAAUGGGCAACAGCACCUUCUUCAUUGAGACCAAGCUGGAUGGAGAGCGCAUCCAGUUGCACAAGGAUGGUGAUGUCUACAAGUACUUCACAAGGAACUCCUUUGAGUACACCCAGCAGUUCGGGGCUUCACCUCUAGAGGGCUCUCUGACGCCUUUUAUUCACAAUAUCUUUAAGCCGCACAUCGUCAACUGCAUCCUGGAUGGGGAAAUGAUGGCUUACAACCCCACCACUGACACUUUCAUGCAAAAGGGAAGCAAGUUUGAUAUCAAGAAGCUGGUUGAUGACUCUGAGCUGCAAACAUGCUUUUGUGUUUUUGAUGUGCUUCUGAUUAAUGACCAAAAGUUUGGUAAUGACACAUUAAAAAAGCGCCAUGAACACCUUCAAACUGUUUUUACUCCUGUAAAAGGAAGGAUACACGUUGUGCCUAAAACAGAGGCCAAAACCAUGCAAGAGGUAGUGAAUGCCCUUAACGAAGCCAUCGACAAUAGGGAGGAGGGAAUCAUGGUGAAGGAUCCGUUGUCAAUAUACAAACCUGAUAAGCGUGGUGAAGGCUGGAUCAAGAUCAAGCCGGAGUAUGUUGAUGGCUUGAUGGACGAGCUCGACCUUUUAAUUGUUGGAGGCUACUGGGGGAAAGGAAGGCGGGGCGGCAUGAUGUCUCAUUUCCUUGUUGCUGUUGCUGAAGCUCCAAAGCCCGGAGAGAAACCCUCUGUUUUCCACACAUUUUGCCGCAUUGGCUCUGGCUACACCAUGAAAGAGCUGUACGACUUAGGCCUGAAGCUGGCCAAAUACUGGAAAGUCUAUCGGAAAAAUGACCCUCCAGCUUCUAUUCUGUGUGGGACGGAGAGACCUGAAGUCUACAUCGACCCAUGCAACUCGGUCAUCAUCCAAGUAAAGGCGGCUGAAAUAGUCAGCAGUGACAUGUACAAAACCAAUUGCACACUGCGCUUCCCCAGGAUAGAGAAAAUCCGUGAAGACAAAGAAUGGCACCAGUGCAUGUCCUUAGCUGAUCUCGAACAGUUCCGCAACAAGGCAUCCGGGAAGUUGUUCUCACGCCACCUUCGCCUCAAUGAUGACAACGAGCCCGAAAAGAAGAAGCGUAAGACGCCAGCAGCUGCCAAGCCCAAGAAGGCUGCUGGUGUCAUCGAUCACUUCAAGUCCCAGGACCUGUCUGGUGUCACCAAAGAGACUGAUAUGUUUGAGGAUGUGGAGUUCUGCGUGAUGAACGGGAGUGAGGACCACCCCAAGACAGAAUUGGAGAAGGCUGUGGCCCGGUGUGGUGGUAUUGUAGUCCAGAACCCAGGACAGGAGACCUACUGUGUGAUCGCUGCCAUUGAGAAUAUGCGCGUUAAGAACCUGAUAUCAUCCAACCAGCAUGACGUUGUGUGGGCUGCCUGGCUGCUGGAGUGUCUAGACAGGAAGCAGGUGGUGCCCUGGCAGCCAAGUCACAUGAUCCACAUGUCACCUUCCACUAAGGAGCACUUUGCCAAGGAGUAUGAUUGCUACGGAGACAGCUACUUUGUGGACACAGAUGUGCAGCAGCUUAAGGAAGUCUUCGGUCGGAUUAGCAGUGUAGACACUAUAAUGUCGCAUUGCAUUGCCAAGGUGGAGGAGCGCUACGGCUGGCAUGACCUCCCCACCAGCAUGUUCAGACAUUUAAGGUUCUACCUGGACAUGUAUGCCGACAUUGGAGAAGUGAAUAGCCUUAUCCCAAACACAUGUCUGGACAUGCGAGCUCUGGAACUUCGUUUCCACGGCGGGAAAGUAGUGCAGAAGCUGGAGGAAGGGGUCUCGCAUGUCAUAGUGGUGGAGGAAACAAGAGUAUUGGAUUUAAGAACCCUCAGACGACUUUUUACCAAGAAGUUUAAGAUUGUUAAGGAAUCAUGGGUAACAGAUUCUAUCAAAGCAGGGUAUUUGCAGAAUGACAGUGACUACUUAGUUUGAUGGUUGAAGCUGUGCCAUUGCAUUUUCUAACCAACGCACUAGACUAGCAUGAUGGAGACAUUUUGAUAUUGCAUUUUAAUUCAUUAGAUAGUUGAACAUUUUAUUUUAAGGGCUUUUCGACAUUGAAAGCUAACAAUUUCUUACAUGUUUGAAAUGAAUAAGGAAACUAUUUUUAGGUAUAUUCAGUGUAGGCCUACUGUAUAGGCUAUCUAAUGGUAUAUUUAAUGCUAUUUAGAAAAAAUAUAUACAUAUUUUAAUGUUUUUAACAGUGCAGACUGCAGUAGGAAUAAAGCCAUAUGUUUAAACACUGUAAUUUAUAAUUAUUUUUCAUGUUUUCAAUUGAACCUUUUUAAUGCGUAUUGAUUUGAAACAAAAAUAAAUUAUUUUUAAUGAUG